AUGACAAUUGAUGAACGUCAAAUUCUAACUGAUUAUGAACGUGGUCGAGUUAUGGAAGGAUGGAUUCCAAGACGAUUAGGUGGUGGAUUUGGAGGUAGAAAAGAAUCAGGUCAACUUCGGUUCGGUGCACGAGAUCGUCCAUUUAAACGACCUCUACAUGUGACAGGGAAUCAAGCUAUGCCAGAUAUUAUGUCUGAACAACGAUUUGAUGAUUGUUGGCGUCGGCGAACGACGUCAACUAAUAAAUCAGAUGAUGAUAAUAAAUAUUUCUAUUAUUCCGAUACUAAUUCUACCAAAAAUAAUAAUAAUAAUCGAUCUAAUUUUCAAAGUCAAGAUCGAUAUCGAGAUAGAAGUCAAGAUCGAUAUCGGGAUAGAAGUCAGGACCGAUAUCAAGAUCGGUAUCAAUAUAGUAGUAGAGAUAAAAAUAGAGAGAAACGUAAUAAGGGCCGUAGUUAUAAUUCUGGUCAAUCUGUGACAUCUGCUGUCAGUUGA